AUGGUUCACGAAGGUCUUUCCGAUCCUAUUCUGACGCACCUGGCGGAGCAGGAUCGUACGCCAUGGUACAAGAAACCCAAUCUCCGGAAAAUGUACUUCUUUUUGUUUCUUUGUGCCAUGGGAGUAGAGAUGACCUCUGGUUUUGACUCGACUUUGAUGGGCACUCUGCAAUUUUCUCCAACCUGGAACAAGUAUUUCGACACCAGCGGAUACAAAGAUCCUAAGACUAAAAAACUGGCUCUUGAACCGGGACUCCUUGGACUGGUCAACUCUUGUUACCAACUCGGCUCACUCAUUGGCAUCCCAUUCGUUCCUUGGUAUAGUCAACUUUUCGGAAGACGUUGGUCGGUCAUGACUGGAUCUUUGAUCAUGGUUGUUGGUGCCAUUCUUCAAGGCUUUGCCCAAAAUCUUGGGAUGUAUAUCUUCGCUAGAAUGGCUCUCGGCUUUGGCAUCGUCAUGUGUAUCGUUUCUGCCUCUGCCCUGAUCGGAGAGCUUGGACAUCCCAAUGAUCGUGCAACUUUGACGUCCUUCUUCAACGCUUCAUACUUCCUUGGUGCAAUCGCAGCUGCAGCAAUCGCUAUCGCUACUAGCGACAUGAAGACUGAUUGGAGUUGGCGUCUACCCUCCCUCCUACAGAUGUGUCCCUCGCUUCUGCAGAUCUGUUUCAUCUUUUUCGUCCCAGAAAGUCCCAGAUGGCUUGUUUCUAAAGACAGGUACGAUGACGCUCUCGAACUUCUGAUCAAGUACCAUGGAGAAGGCGACAGGGACUCAGUUCUUGUGCAAGCUGAGAUGGCUCAAAUCCAAUCGACCAUCAAGAUCGAAUUGGAGCACGCAAAACAAUCGUGGAUGGAUAUGCUCAGAACCUCCGGAAUGCGCCGUCGUGUGAUCAUCGCCUCCUUCUUGGGUUUCUUCACCCAAAUGUCCGGAAAUACUCUCAUAUCUUACUAUCAAAGCACUUUGUUUAAUAUGAUGGGAUACACGACCAAUUACGCCAAGACAAGAAUCAACGUCGCCAACAACUGCUGGGGUCUUCUUACAGCCAGUUGCGCCGCCAUCGCCGUUGGCAGGUUCCCCCGCCGAGCCAUGUUCAUGACUUCUGCCGCAACCAUGUUCCUCAUGUUCCUCGGAUUCACAGUUGCCAUGGAGAAACUGGCAGAAGCGUCAAAUGAGACGCCCUCGCGGGUGAACAAGCCGGCAGCACAUGCCGCCUUGUUCUUCUACUUUGCCUUCACUCCUUGUUACAACAUCGGAAACAAUGCCAUCACCUACACUUACCUCACCGAACUUUUCCCCUUCGCACAGAGAGCCCGUGGUAUCGCCAUCGAGCAGGUCUGGGGCAAGAUCAGCGGUUUUUUCACACAAAAUGUCAACUCCAUUGCCAUCACUCACAUUGGAUGGAAAUACAUGGCCAUUAUCACAGCGUGGCUCGUCUUUGAGUUCUCAUUCAUCUACUUCAUGUACCCCGAGACUGCUGGCCGCACAUUGGAGGAACUGGCCUUCUUGUUCGAAGACAAGGAAUACGCGGACCAGGCCAUCAUCGCCGUCGAGAAGAGGAUUCACCACGAGGGCAUGGCUCCAGCCGAGAUUCCCGAUGGGAAGACAGUUGUCCAAGAACACGAGGUUGCACGCGAUCAGAAAUUUGCAUAAGCAUAUGGAUCGGUGUUUUGAGGCUAACCAUGGUGAACAACGGUGCGGUAUGGAACGUUCUAUUCUCGAUAUGGCUGGCGCUGGAGAGGUCGGUCGUGGAUUCUUGGGGAAUAAACAACGCAGUGGAUGGACUUCGGG